GGUAUCCAGGGGCGUCCUUCGGCUCCGCCAUACAAUGCUUCCGGGCUUCCCACUUACGAACAGACGCAAACAUGGCCGAAUAUGGCGCAGUACGGCAGGAAUGAUCCGCCGCCAUACCCCCUUGCCAGUGCCCCACCACAGCCAGUCUCCGCAAUGUCUCCUUACCCAGUUAGCAGCGCUGUACCGUAUUCUGCACCACCGAACCCCGUUUCCAGUGCUCCGUCUGCGCCGUAUCCAACUCAAGGCUUUUCUGCCAUUGACUUUAUCUACCGUCAAGGAUGCUCAGAGAUCAGCUUUGGCUUCGUGGCGCUGACGGAGGUGCCAUCACUCAUUCGAUUGUCUGCCUGUGCCAGCGUGGAGCAGAUCUCUUACGUCAGCGAAAAAUUUGACUUGAUUCCUCGUGACCUGUGGCCCAUUCUUUUGCAGGCGGCUCUCAUAAAGGUUCUUGUUUCUGCGCAUCCGGGUUCAUACCGAAUCCAGAAAGUGGCAGAGAGCCCGCAUAUGACGUGUUAUAAUGUCGAAAAGGGUUUUGAAAAUAAGUUUUACAUUGCCACGGCGUUGCUUCAUAAUUUUAUCGAAUGCCUCCGUCUACGGGUUGAUACGUGCAAUCUUCGAGUCUUGGAUCUGAGAGGUUUUCCGAUAAACAACCUUGCCGCGUCUUACCUAUCAGUAUACUGUAUACUUUCGCACGAUGAAGCAAAGCGAAACCGAAUACAGAAGCUCAUUAAGGACGUGGUCGGCAAAGGGACGUUCGAACAGGAUUUCAUCGACAAGGCCGCGCAGGCUGUCGCAAAGACUGAGGACGACUAUGAAAGACAGCGAUCAGAACUUCCUCAUUGCCUUCAGCCAUCCGAUGGCGUAGGAGCACAACAUCGGGUGACGAAGAUCGACCGAACGACCACCAAGACGCCAGUCAGCAACGCAGUCGCUACCCGUUCAGAACGAAAGAAGCAGACAGCACAACGCCAUUAUAACACGUCAGAAAAAGCUACACGAGAAUGA